CGCCCCGUUGCCAUCCCUACCCACAAUCAUGAAUUACAUUUCAUAUUAAGUACUACUUGUCAAAUAACCUGUUUUUUCAAGACCAAAACAGGGGAACCAAAAGUGAAUCAAUCCCAAUCCCAGAAUAUGAGCCAUCAAGCUGGCCAAGCCGCGGGACAAGCUCAGGAAAAGGCAAGCAACAUGAUGGACAGUGCAAGGAAUGCUGCUCAAUCUGCCAAAGAAUCCUGCCAAGAGGCUGGGCAGCAAAUGCAGGAAAAGGCACGAGGGGCUGCUGAUUCUGCCAAGAGCGCAGUUGGGGCUCAAAAAUGAAUAUAUUGGAGAGCUCUUUAAGUGGCAUUCAAUAUUCAUGUUUUUCAAUAUUUGGUUUUUGGGCUUAUGCAUUUAUUUGCUUUCAGCAGUUUUUGGACUAAUAUGACUAGUUGUGUACCAGCCAGUUGAAGGCCUUGUUUGUUAGUAGCAUAUUAUAGACAAUCAAAUUUCACAAUUUUCAAUUAAAAAUACACGUUUCAUUGCAACUUCUUU